CGGGCUGGAGCUCCUUCGCGAGGAUAAACCCUCGCUGCUAGCUCAAUUGACUUGAGUGUGCUCUCAUUUCCAUUUCUGCGCCAUGACUUCCUCCCUCCCCGGCAAUCGCGACCUGCCCGUUUCCCAGUAUGACCUCAGCACGUACUGCGGUCGGGUGCGGCACUCUGCAGACAUCAGUGACCCGAGGACCCUACUCACAUCCUCGGCCGGCCUCGAACAUGCGAAACAGCUUGUUACUGCGUACAAGACGGGGAAGAUACGGGACAUGACACCGGAGCUAUGGAGGGCGAAGAAGAUAAUCGAUUCCACGAUACACCCAGAUACUGGACAGCCUGUCUUCCUGCCCUUCCGGAUGUCAUGCUUCGUGCUGUCCAACCUGGUUGUUACGGCUGGCAUGCUCACGCCAGGAUUGGGGACUGCCGGAACUGUAGGAUGGCAGGUUACCAACCAGUCGCUGAACGUAGCCAUCAACUUCUCGAACGCGAAUAAAUCAACGCCGCUAUCCACCCAGACGAUCAUCAAGUCAUACCUCCUGGCCGUGAGCGCCUCUUGCGGAGUCGCAUUGGGUCUGAAUGCUGUCGUGCCCCGCCUAAAACGACUCUCGCCGAACGCAAAAGUAAUUGCCACGCGACUUGUACCCUUUGCUGCCGUAGCUAGCGCAGGCGCUCUGAACGUGUUCCUCAUGCGCGGGGAGGAAAUCCGACAAGGCAUCGACGUCUAUCCAGUCCUCUCAGACGAGGAGAAGCACAAGGUCGAAGCUGGCGAUUUGGAGGUCAAACCCCUUGGCAAGAGCAGGAAGGCAGCUACGCUUGCUGUGGGAGAGACGGCGCUCAGUCGUGUCCUGAAUGCGACGCCGAUCAUGGUCCUUCCGCCCCUCAUCCUCGUUAGGCUCCAGAAGACAGACUGGCUCAAGCAGAGACCUAGGAUGACUUUGCCGGUCAACCUUGGACUCAUUCUCACGACAUCUAUCUUCGCACUGCCACUAGCACUCGCCGCAUUUCCUCAGCGUCAGACUGUAAGUGCCAAGACGUUGGAGGCUGAAUUCCACGAUCGCGGAGGCAAGGACGGAAUGGUGGAAUUUAACCGUGGCAUAUGAGGGCAGAAGACGAGACGUGCGUAGAACAUACUCGAAAAGUUGCUAAGAUGGGCAUCAAUAUCUGUAGCAUAGCGGACACGUUUCCGGAGACAUACACCAGGCUCGUGGGGUGAAGAUGAAUGCGGCGAAGGAAUGCCGCCGCCGAUUGGUCAGAUAGCUGUGCGACUCGAAGCUAUACGGUAGUUAAAGGCUCUCAAAGAAAGCAAGUGAAAUGUAUACAGUUUGGAUGAAAA